AAUAUUAUAUUAAUAGCAUUAAUAUUGAAUUAGCAAGCUAUUAGUAAUUAAUAAUAAUAGUGAAUUGGCGAAGACACAGAAACAUGGUGUAAUCGAAUCAUUCCUCGAUACGUAGCUGCAGAAAUGACUUCUUCGCGCACACGAAGUCUGAAGGAUACACUUCAAUUAAGCAUGGAAAUAAGAAUUCAGCAUGGUAUCUGUAUCUGCUGCUGCAUGGAUCUGCAUCCCGAGAUGGAUCGGUUGCAAAACAUCAUACAAAUUAUCACUAUUAAUAGUACGUACACGUAUACGUAUUAUGUACGGAAGAGCUGAGUCACGUAACGAUACGCGCAUCUGCAACAUCAUGCACGUCGCAGAUAAUAUCGGCACGAAACGCGUCUCAUUGACGGUAAAUCCUGGUGGCACGGAUCGGUACGCGAAAGCGACAGUCGCAUGUGGGAAACAUGUGGCGAGCAAAUUGUACGCAGGAUUUGCGCUGUCAUCGCCGCCGCAAUGAGCGUCGCCGCGAAACGUUCGGAUUUCAUGGGAAAUGUGCAGAAAAAGCUUGAUAAUUCGUGCGAAUUAUCUCCUUGGAUCCC